AUGGGCUCUUCCGUGCUGAUCUUUGGUGAUGGUAUUACUGGUCUGGUGUUAGCUAAGAUGCUGCGCCAGAAUGGUGGUUGCAAUGUCGUUGUUGUUUCUGUUGGGGGUCUGAAGAUGGAUUUGGCUCAGAAGCUUGGUGCUGACAAGUACAUUGAGCUGUCGCGCGAGUCCCCAGCUACUGGUAGCCUGAAGAUUCUCGACGACUCGAUUAACUAUGUUCGUCGUGGUGGUAAGUUGGUGAUGUACCGCGUGUACCCGGAUGAGGUUCGGGUCUCGUGGCCGCCAGCCAAGAUCUUCGGCGAUAAAAUCACGAUCCUCAGCAGUUAUUCUGAGACCUACAAGUUCCCUGCUGCUGUUGACAAUCUUGACUCUGGCCAGGCGAUGCGCAACAAGACUGCUAUCAAGGCUGCCAUCACCUUCGAUUAG